UGCAGCAAAUCACCACAUAUUGCUGUUGGUUAGGUUUUUGAAUCUACCAUAACGUUAUCGUUAGCUGGGUGGCUAGGUGUUAGCUAACGACAAGAAGGUGACAUCACAGACCGCGGCCUGGUUCCGCUGCUAGCCCCAGUGAUUGACAGCCUGUCAACUAGCAAAGGUGAGCGGCCAGUCAGCCAGCCCCGUGCAGCUCUCUGUUGCUAUGGAUGCCUGUGCACGUAUUAGAGGAGUCCCCCUAAGGUCCAGGGCCUCAGUUCGGAAAGAGACUGUGCGUGACAGUGGGCCGCAGUGUGUGAAGAACCUCUUUAGGAAUAAAAAGGAGCUAUGCAGCGUUGGCCUGGAGCUGCCACCCAGAGACACCACAAGACUGACGGAGAUUCAUUUUGUGUGUCUGCCUGGUCAGUGUGAAGGGGAAGAUGUCACCCAACAGGCUCUGUCGUCUAUGCCGGGGGGGCUGUGUGAGCUUCUGAGGUCCCUCCACGUCCACAGCCUCAAGAAUGACGAGGUCCUGCUGCUCAAAGACUCCCGCAGGCUUGCAGAGCACAAGGACGCUGGGCCUCAGUGCUGGUUAAAGGCUGUGUGUGUGCUAAGGCAUAAUCCCAGCAAUAGUGCCUACCCUCAGGCCAGUGUUGCAUCUUUGGUGGGCUUGCUGGGGUGCUACAUGGCAGGUGUACGCUAUGCUUUGGAGCUCCAGGCUCAUCAGAGGGGCACAGCUGAGCCCAGCCAGCCAGAGGAAGAUGACACCAACCAGUCAGUCUCCUCAAUCGAGGAUGACUUUGUCACAGCCCUUGAGCAUCUGGAGGAGGAUGACUCCGGAGACAAUCCCUCUUCCUAUCGCCAUUUUAAAAAGCGUGAUGUGGCCUCCCAGACAGUCCCAGCACACAAGAGAAAAAAGGAAUUAUCAGGCUCCCGCAUUAUCAUUAGCUCAUCUUCAAAAAAGAAUUCCGCCAAACAUAGGCCUGGUCCAGAUGCAUCUGUCACAGUGCAGAGGUCAUCGGGCGUGGAAUCCCAGUGGACAUACUGCAGUCCCGGAGCUCGUCUCCCCUCACCUUUGAUUCAUGUCAGUGAAUCGGAAGAGUCAGACUGCUCCAGCCCCAGCCCAAUCAUUUUUCUGGAUGAGGUGGGCUACCAGAAGAGCCUGCUGGCCAAGCUAGACAUCCCCCAGGUGCCAGGGGGGCCCAGAGAGCGAGUUGAAGACUCAGACUCUGAAGUCAGUGAAUUCUUUGACAGCUUUGACCAGUUUGAUGACCUGGAGGAGCUGAGCUCAGAGAACUGCGCUCUCUCACUGCCUCUGGACGCCAUCAGUGCCCCAACCACACAGAACCAGACCAGUGGGUCAGCAUCCAAAUAUGUUUCUAGGGGCUGCUCAACCAAGGGUAUGAAUCCUCACCGCUUUGACCAGCGCACUCUCCCAGCCAAUGUGAAAAAACCCACUCCUCUGAAACCAGGCUCUCCCUACUCACUUCACUCUGAGGUGCCUGACUCCCCUCGCCCAGUGCAGACCCCCUCUGAGGAGAAUGGUGGCCCACUCUUCAGUCCUGUCAGCUCCUCGGCGUUCAGCCCCCUGGUGGACUCUAGUGGACCAAUGGAGUACUUCUGGAAGGCAGAUGAGGAUGGGCAGGACAGCUCAGAGCUACGUAAACCCCAGGAUCUCUGCUCUCUGUAUAAAACCUACUCAGACUUUGCCAGCAGUCUGUCCAAAGAAAUUCUGGGAUCUGUGUGUGGCUACCAGUCUGCCGUUGACAUCAGUGACAACAAGAAUCUCAGCUGCGUCUGCCACAAGGAAUUCAAGAACCCUUCGGGCUACCUGAUGAAGCUCUCAGAAAUCCAAGAGACUGUAACAGUGGCCACGCUGCAGAAGAAGUCCCAGUCUCUUAAGGAUGGCAUUCAGAGGUUUGCCACUGACCUUGUGGAAAUGAGCUUGGGCAGCGCCUUGCGAGACCUCCAAAAAGGUGUAACCUCCUGUACCACCACCUUGUGUCACCUGGCUGCCAGGCUCACCUCUUCAGUGUUUCAGAUGGCCUUCCAUGAGAUUGGCAUGCGCCACGCCUAUGUGUUGAAAGAACGAGCAAUCAAUGGAUUAGCUGGCUUCCUGGUCGGAGAGGCUGUGUCUGGUGCGCUGAAAGAUUUUCUGACCGUGAAAAAGCAGAUUUUCCACAGCACAGUGACACGUUUCGCUGCUGAUCUGGCUGAAGAGCUUGUGUUUGAAGGCAUUAUGGAAGUGUGUCAGUUCUCCCACCCCUCAACUCCUCUCACCCCUAGUGAUUGGUCCUUUGGCCAUGGGCAAGAGGGGGAGGAGGAAGAGGAGGAGGUAGUUUCCUCCUAUGCUUCAGACUUGUCUGAGUCUGUCAUCCAAGAGGCCUUCAUAGAGCUCUCUCAGGCUGAUGUUGCCUUCACUAGCCAAGCGGCUAUUAGUGUGUCUCUGGACAACAUCUGUUAUGUCAGUGCAGAGAACACUAGCGCUCAAACCUGCAGUACCUUUGCCAACCAGCAGGUUUUAAGUGCCAGCUUAGCUGCCGCGGCCCCAGGGCCAUCAGGAGAGGAUGCUACCUGCACGGUGAAGAAAGCCCUGUUCACUGUUUCAGGCAUGGCCAGCUGUAUUCCUGUGCCCCAAGCAGGCCAAGCCCUCUCCCACCUCCAGGAUUCUGAGGAGACCUGUCAGUGUAAGUCUAGCUUGUCAGAUACCCCACAGGCCAGCCCCAAAAGAGUAGCUUCAUCUUCUUCUGACACUGCCACAUCUACACAAACCCACCUGUACAGUCAUGAAACUCAGACCCCCAUACCCGGAGAAGACCCCUCCCAAGGAAAGUCCCCAUUCCAAAACUUCUCGGGCAACAUGAUGGAUAUGAUAGUAACUGAGGCUUGUGAGCUCAUAACUGCUUCUAAGAUGAAAAAGAGUUUCGGUGACUGUGCUGAUUUCUUUACAAAGACAAUUGGAAGCAGAAGGGACUCUUCUUCUAAGCAGGAGGCGGUUAAUUAUGACGCUCCAGACGCUCCAGAUUCCCCUUCAAAGCAGGGAGCUUGCUUCAGAUAUGACUGCAGAGAUUCUGGGUAUGCAAGGAAGGGUGUCCCUGUUGAGCAAGCAACAGACCACGGCAUUCCUCACAUUUCCUUUCAGAUAGGCUCUCAAAGCAAGGGGAGAGCCAGCUGUGAGUUAGACCCCAGGACCAGAGGUGUGGCUGAAACGCACCCUGUGAUGAUGGAUACUCUUGAUGUGCCUGGGAACGAGAUGGGUGGACACAGGAGGAUAUCUGUUCCUGGGGAUGACUCCGCUCCAAGCUCUGGCCAAAAAUCUGGCGGGACUCCUGGCACUCCUCCUUCUACCCCUCAGCAGCCCACUGAGGUGUCCAAGGAGAAACAGAUAAAACAGUUCUCCAAGAAGCUGAAAAGCAAGCUGGCCAAGGAAUUUUCCCCUGCUACCCCCCCACCCACUCCUCACUAUCAGCCUGAGCCUGGCCCGGGACCAAAAGACAUCACCCCUGAGGCAGACAAGGCUGAGUUUAUGCUUAGACUGAUGAGGUCUCUCUCUGAGGAGGCAGAUGGCAAUGAGGAUGAAGAGGAGGAAGAAUUGGCAGAAGAUGUUGGUGUUGGUGGCACUGACAGAUGUUUAGAGAUGGGGGGUGGCCGGCAUGUGCUGAACCAGAUGUCCGCUCGCAGAAUGUCCAACAAGGAAGCCCUCCACUAUGCUGAGCGGUUGGCUUGCCACAUUGUCUCCAUGGCAACUGAGAUGGACACCCUGGGAGUUGCAGAGGAGGAGGAAGCAGUGAGCAAUGGCAGCGAGAAAAGGAGAGACAGUGUGGCUCAGUUCUCAGAGCAGACCCUAAACACCUUGUGGGUCUAUGCUGGGGAGGUAGCAGGAGAGGUCAUCAAUGAUGUGAAGAGGAUGGUGAACGCUGCACAGCAGUGUCCCUAUCACAGAGCUCCCGGAAGAAGAAGCUUUGACAGAUCUAGCUCUGAUAAUUUGUCUCACCACCACCCACACCAGUCGCAACCCAGUACAGACCUGAACAGAGACUGGAGGGUAGGGAGGCUGGCUGAACAAUGGUCUAAUGACCUGAUAGCCUCGGUAUUUCGGUCUUCCACCUCCACUUCAAGCACCAUCUCCAGCUCCAGCUCUGGCCUGUCCUCGGAGUAUCCUAGCUGCGAGAGUGUGACAGAUGAAUAUGCUGGCUACCUUAUCAGGGUGCUGAAAAAGGAAGGAGGCAGUAGGGAGUUGGUCCUGGACCAGUUUGCGAGCCGUUUGGCUUACCGCUCCAUAAAACAGGGCUUGGCUCAUGCCAGUCGCAAGAUCAAGCAGAGAUCCUCUAGCACCCGCCUCCACUCAUCCAAGUCGUUGCCAGAUGAAUGGAGAGCUUCUGGUAGUGAAGCCUCGUCGCCCAAGGACAGAGUAGAGUCAGUAGUUUGUCCCUCAGGCGAGGAUGCUCAGUGUUGUUGCAGGGACUCUGAAGAGCAGAGUCAGAGGGAUCUGGUCAACUUUGCAGAGUCUUUAGCUUACAACAUCACCUGUGAUGUCACACGCAAGCUGCAUCUUUCCUCUGCACGACUGCCCAAGUCUCUCACCGACUCCUGUCUUUAUAAGAAAUCCAAACUUGAAGACAUGGCAGAGAAUCUCAUCAGGAACUCCUUCUCCUGCCCCGUGUUGUCCAAGGAGGGUAAGAGCAGGCAUUACCACAGUACAGGAAGCCUGUAUGAUGGAGGCUACAGGACUAGGGUGAUGCAGGUCGUAGAGCAUUAUGCCAGGAAAAUCGUUGAUGACACUCUAAAGAUGAGCCUGGCUUCAGUUGGACAUUCAUCCCGAGAGCACCAGAAGACCCAAGGCUACAACAGACACUCUCACACCCAGCGGUUGUCUGAGGGGCCAUCACUGGGCCUAGCCCUGGGGGAGAGGGCGUGCCGUUAUUGUCAGGUCCAGGAGUGCCUGUACUGCACAAAACCUAGCAGGCACCACCACCAGCCUGUACUACAGAGGAGGAAAAGGGUGUCAGAAUGUCAAACAAGGGCUGAGCGGCUCUCUAGCCUGGAGAUUCCCAAGAUCCACAUUGACCUGGACCAAAGGGCAGUGUUUGCAGGGGAGAUGGUGUCCAUGGCAAUGGAGACAGCUAAACGGGAGAUGAGCAACACUAGCCUUAAUGCAGACAGUGGCAUCGGCCAUGAUGGAACCAGCUAUGCUGAGAGCCUGACUGCUGAGAUCAUGACGUCAGCCCUGUCCAACAUCUGCCAGACCGGUAACAUCAGUGCAUUUAGCUUCCCAGGCAGGGAAGCCACCGAGUCCUCUGUGUCCCAGCAGCUGAGUGUAGGAGAUGACAGUCUGGGCAGCUGGUCUAACCUGAGCUUUGAGGAUGAGCACCCAGACGACAACAGCAGCUUCCUCCACCUCAGUGACAGCAGCAAUGGGAACAGCAGUAGCUGGAGCAGUCUGGGCCUGGAGGGGGAGGCGUGUGAGGAGCGCAUGUCAUUCUCUCCCUCGGACAGUGACAACACAGAGGACAAGGAGACUGAGGUGAAAGAGGAAUCCAGCGGGACUCUGUGCGUGGACAGGACUCAGGUGCUGGCUCCCAGGUCUGCACUGGUCGUAGUGAACUCGGAUGUGAGGGAGCUGGGGCGUGGCCCUCAACACGUGACCCUGGACCCUCAGCUCAGGAGCAUGCUGCAGUGGGUGGCAGCCUCCAUGACCGACAUCCCCCACAUCCAGCUGAGUCCUGACAGAGAGCUCCAGCAGCUCCCAGCGGUGGUCCAAAGGCUUCGGGAGAGGAAGUGGAGGGUGGGAGAGCUGCUGCACACACUGCUGCGCUACUGCGAAGAGGGUCAGACACACAGUCCAUCCCAGGCCAGAGAGGAGCCACUGCAGGCGGGCAGAGAACCUCACCGCAUCCCCCUCUUCCAGUGGCUCCUGGAGCACGCCUAGGGCCUCUCCUCUCCUCUACUUUCCUCCUUCCUCUCCUCUCCUCUCCUCUCCUCUCCUCUCCUUCUUCCUCUCCUC